AUGGACCAAACCAACUCGCCCAUCGAUCCAAGGAGUGGCUUCAAUCCCAUAACAAAGACUUUCCAUAGCCUGAGACCCCCUAUUCAUCUCCCUCCAGAGGACACUCCUUUCUCUGUAGCCGAAUAUGCUCUCUCACUCCAAGCUAACUCUCCAUGGCCUGAUGCAGUUGCCCUCAUCGACUCAUCCACAGGCCAACAGAUCUCCUACUCUAACUUCACUAAACAAGUGAAAUCCCUAGCCUUCUAUCUCCAAAAUGUUACCAAACUCUCCAAAAAUGACACUGCUUUUAUUCUCUGUCCAAACUCCAUUAAAGUCCCCAUUCUUUACUUCUCUCUCCUUUCACUUGGUGUAAUAAUCUCUCCAGCAAAUCCCAUAAGCACUGAAUCAGAGAUUUUACACCAAAUAAGUCUGUCGAAACCAGUAAUUGCCUUUGCCGUAGCAGCUACAUGUCACAAGCUCCCAAAGCUGAAGCACAAAACCAUUCUCAUCGGCUCACCUGAGUUUGACUCAAUACUGACAAUGUUUCCUGCACCAACAACAACAACACAACAAGAACUAGAAAAGGUUAAAGUGAGUCAAUCAGAUUUGGCUGCGAUCCUAUACUCUUCAGGCACGACAGGGAGAGUUAAAGGAGUGAUGUUGACUCACAGGAACUUAAUGGCAGUAGUAGCAGCAUAUGCUAAGCAUGAAAGACAAUCACCUCCUGUUAUGCUUUAUACGAUGCCAUUUUUUCACGUUUUUGGGUUCUUUUAUAGUUUGAAAUCGGUAGCACUGAGUGAAAGUAUUUUGGUGAUGGAGAGGUUUGAUUUGAAGAAGAUGUUGAGGGGGAUGGAGGAGUUUAAAGUUACCCACGUGGCAGUGGCGCCGCCGGUGGUUGUAGCAAUGGCAAAGAGUGAUUUGAUAGAUGGGUAUGAUUUGAAGUCGCUGGAGAUGGUGGGCUGUGGCGGAGCUCCGCUAGGAAAGGAUGUUAUCAAGGCGUUUAAGGACAGGUUUCCUUCGGUAGACCUAAUGCAGGGUUAUGGGCUAACCGAAUCCACCGGAAUAGUGUCCCGAUUAAAUGGUCCAGAAGAAUGUCGCCGUUGGGGCUCCGUAGGAAAGCUUACACCCAGCUGCGAAGCAAAAAUUGUUGAUCCUGAUACAAGUCACGCCUUGCCUCCAGGCAAGCAAGGAGAGCUUUGGAUCAAGGGAUCCACAGUAAUGAAAGGUUAUGCCGGUGAUCCUGGAGCAACUUCUGCUACCAUGGAACCAGGUGGUUGGUUGAGGACUGGUGACCUUUGUUAUAUUGACGAGGAAGGUUUUUUAUUCGUGGUUGACAGGUUGAAAGAACUAAUCAAAUACAAGGGAUAUCAGGUUGCUCCUGCUGAACUAGAGCAAUUGCUUCAGUCCCAUCCAGAUAUAGCUGAUGCUGCAGUGAUACCAUACCCUGACGAGGAAGCUGGUCAGGUGCCCCUGGCUUUUGUGGUGAAACAGCCUCAGAGCAGCAUCAAUGAAAGAGGCAUAAUGGAUUUUGUUGCAAAUCAGGUUGCACCGUACAAGAAAAUAAGGCGUGUGGCCUUUGUCACUUCCAUACCCAAGAGUCCAGCCGGAAAAAUACUGAGGAAGGAUUUGAGGAACAUUGUUUUUCGACUAUCCAACUGGCUAGAGAAAGCCUCGGCUUUGAGGAAACUCACGCACUGCACUUUUGACCUCUAUAAUUUCCAUGGAUUUGUGCAACGAGGGAGACAACAAUAUUCUAAGACAUUCUUUUUACCAAUCCAACCCAGCACCAUCAGCUGGCCCAUGCACAUAUUACCGCCACUCCAUCCCAGCAGCAGCAACUAG